GUCGAUUACUGUUGUAAAAAUGAAAAGGCGCGACACCGAAUCGCUUGACGGCAGGAUGCACCACAACCAAUAUGGCCGCUUCCUUGGUAUGCGGUAAAACACAAUACAGGGUGAGUUCUGUCCUAAAUAGAGAUGUGAGGCAAUUUGGGAAGAAGUUCAUGUUUGACAGCAACGAGGAGACAUGCUGGAACUCAGACCAGUCGGUUAGAGUGUCCGAGUUAAAAGUUCAGUUCCAGGGAGGCUUCUCGGCCAAAACAUGCAGGAUGGAAGGUUGUUCAGUAGAUGAAGAUUUCAAAGUGAUCAGUCAUUUUUACCCAGAAGACAACAACUCCCUUCAGAUAUCCUUCAUCACUGCUGUCUACAUCAAACUAUAUAGCUUGCAUUAUUAUUUUUUAUUUUUAUUAGAGAUGACUUUGGGGCUAGAGGCGGCAUACACCCUGGACUGACUAGUCGCCAGUCCGUCGUACGGGUUUAUAAUAAGCGCUCAAUAAUAUUGUUCUGAGUGUGUUUGUCAUCGCCGCUUAUGAUUAACUGAUGGGUUUUAUGACUAAAAAGCCAGAUUAUCUUGCCUUAACUGUACACCCACUGCUUUCCCAUACAGGAGGCGGCCGCCGUGGACAGAGUAAAAAUAACGUUUGAGAACAGCGCCGACUUUUUCGGUAGAAUUAUUAUUUAUAUUUUGGACGUCCUGGGGGAGAAAGCCACAUGACCCAGAGGAAAUAUGCAGGACAUCAGAUCUGCUGGAUGUAUGUGCUACAAUGUCGUAAACGGAUAGGAAUAAUAGGAAAUUGUUUUUUUUUGGGGGGGGGUAUGGAGUAUGAAUGUGCACUGCAAACGUGCUGCUGAUUCACUCUCAGAAGACCAUGACAUCAGUUAGGGUUUACAACAACAAAGUCCUGCCAUGGAAGCAGGAGUCCAGAACAUUCAAAUGUGGGGCCUUCAAUACCCUUUCAGCUAAUUAAACCAUAACAAUUGGUUGAUUUAUAUUUCUCCUAAAGCUGGAAUUACACUUCAAAUUUAAUGCCUGUAUCUAAUUUUUUUGGAUUGUCUAUUUUGUUGUUUUUAUUUCAAAUCACGCAUAUCUCAUGACACUCAUUAAAUAAUGCCCAAAUUGAACAUAAACACAGAUCUGAAGAUAUCCAA